AUGUAUGGUCCUUCAUCUUCACUACGCGCACAGAGGACAAAAAGUGGGUCUGAAUUGGCCUUAUACUUGCCUCGGGAGGCGAAAUCCAGUUCAGGUCUGAGUGCGGCCCAUGAUCCCAUGAUCUCCGGUCACCAGCCAUUCGAUCCGAGCGCUAGUCUCGCCAUAUGGAGCAAGGAACCUGUGAAUUGGGAUCUCUACUUCAAUCCAACUCGCAAGCAAAAAUUCUGGGCUCCUGGUCCUGAGCGACCCAACGGUCGAACGAAAAUUAUCCUCAGUUCAGUGGAGCGCAAUGCCAUCUUCAUUGCAAACUCCAGCGCGGAAAGGCCGAAUCCUAGCUUGCCCAAUCGAACCCCUUCCUUCAACCCGUUCAUUCCGCUCCAAGAGAAUGGGUGGGAUCUUAGUUUACGCAUCUGCCACACGACUUCAUUUGCCCACAUCCAAAUGAACCAGGAGAGGAACGAGGAGUUGAUCAGUAGUAUAUUUAAGCCCAAACCUCCAAUGGCAUUAAUCAACCUGCUUCACUGGGACAGUCGGAAUCUAUGAAGGCUGAAAGGCGAAAGCCUUCGCUCAAGACAAGGAGAAUAAGAUCAAAAAGCUGAGGUCCUGCCCAAGUGAGAAGAG